UAAUUCAAAGGGCAAUAAAAAAAAACGAAAUUCGAAAAAAUAAAGCAAAGAAGUGAAGUAAAUAAAAAUAUUCUUUAUGUCAUUUUGAAAGUUAAAUUACAUAAUCGAAUAUCAGUCAACUGUUACAAAAAUGAGCCGGCAACAGCAAAGCCCAUCGAAAUAUAGCAAACUGAAAGUCAAGAAAUGCACGGAAAACGAUUCGUUAAGAGAACUUUUUAUCAAUAAAUAUUUACAAGAUCAGCCUGCUGAAGAUGAAACUACACAAGUCGUAGAAGAAGAUGUUAAAGAAUUGGUUAUAACCUUAACUAUACAAGUUGUGGACAUGCAUAUAAAAUUUGAGAGAGAAAUUAAAACAAUAGAAAGAAAAAUAGGCCGAGCGUGGAGAGCACCAGAAACGGCAACUUGUGCCAUUGAAGCCCUAGCAAAAAAAAUAAUCACCAAGAAAACUAAUUACGCGUCAAUCUUAACCAGCAUGCACAUUUUAAGAAAAAAAUAUAGAGACAAGUAUUUGGAACCGAUACCCGAAAAAGAUGAAAAAAUCCAAGAAUUGUCAGCAAUAUUUCAAGUGAUGAAAGACACGAUGGCGCUCCAGAAAACACUGGAUUCGUGCAUAAAGGAUUUCAACGAGAUGGAACGGAAAAUGUGUUGGUUGAACAAAAUUCUCAACAUGGAUAAAACGGAGGUGUUAUUAGGCAGAAAUAUCGACGAUUUCGAUUAUUAUGAAAUAUGCGGAGAAAAAAAAUCUACUAUUCCGACAAAAGAGGAUGAAUUAAAACCUGAAUCAGAAAGAUCGACAAUUUCUUUAAAAUCAAAAGAAACAAUUGAAAUCGAAGAAUACGAAGAAAUAUGCGAAGAAAUAAGUGAACAAAUAAGCUCAGAGGAAGAAAUUUCUGACAUCCCAAAAACCACAGAAGAAGUUUAUUACUUGAAGGAGAUUUUCGGCAAGCCCCUAACCAUGGCUUUAACGGAAAUCAUGAUCAGGCAACCGAGAGAUCCCGUUCAGUAUUUAGCACACUGGCUGAUGAAAUACCGCUACAACAGGUUCUGCAGCGGAAUUGUAGAUGAAAACCAGGUCGAUCUAAUAAUGUUAGAAAGAGAAGCAGAUAUGAGAGCUAAAUUGCUCCGUCUAUUAGAAGAUGAAGCCCGCACAGCCAUAUACGCAGCAAUAGAGAAGGCCGAAGAAAUUGGUAGUGAAAACGUGAGACAACGUCUUGCUCAACAACUAGAGAUGGAAAGGACCGACGAAGCUCAACGAGCCCUUCUUAAAGAGCUGAUGAGAAUUCAAGGAGAACAAAUGAACCUGGAACAAUAG